UCUGUCGAAGAAAGAGGAGCAAAUCGCAAAUUGCAAGCGGACUCUGUCCCAUCCCACACAGACAGACAGACAGACAGACAGAGCAUCCAAUCCAAUCCCAUGGCUUCCGACGAGAUUCCUCGGCCUCCUCUCAAGCAGAUAAUACUGGGUUCAAAAUCCAUGGCGCGCCGUCAAAUUUUAGCUGAAAUGGGAUACGACUUCACUGUCAUGACUGCAGAUAUUGAUGAGAAAGCUAUCCGGAAGGAGAAUCCCGAAGAACUCGUCGUGGCGUUAGCGGAGGCCAAGGCAGAUGCUAUCAUCUCAAGGCUCCAAAACACAGCACACUCGAAGGAGGAUGCUAAUGCAACACUUCUAAUAACAGCAGAUACAGUGGUGGUGUACGAAGGGACAAUAAGAGAGAAACCUUCUAGUAAGGAUGAAGCACGAGAAUUUAUUCAAGGUUACUCUGGGGGUCAAGCAGCAGUAGUAGGAUCGGUUUGUGUGACCAACCUGAAGACUGGGAUGAGAAAAGUGGGAUGGGACCUGGCAGAGGUAUAUUUUUAUGAGAUUCCAGCUCAGGUCAUUGAUAGCCUGAUUGAUGAGGGAGUCACUCUCAAUGUAGCAGGAGGCUUGAAGCUUGAGCAUCCUCAGACUUUUCCGUUUGUUAAGGAAGUGUUGGGGGCUGCGGAUACUGUAAUGGGACUCUCCAAAGCUCUCACCGAACAGCUUAUUGAGGAAUCUCUCUGACACCCUCUGUCAUCGCCAUCACAAAUCUCGGCAUUUCUUUACAACACACAAAUAUAAGAAAAUUUUGCAACAUCUGAAGUUGCUCGAUUGUAUGCCAAAGGCAAAAGUUAAAAAUAAUUUUACCUGACAGGGAUAUAUACACAUUCGUAUGCCCUGUAAAUGGCAAUUGCCAUUGAGAAUCUGAAUUCUGGAGGAUAACUCUGCAUUUAAUUUUUUUUUUUUAAACAAUUGAAGUUGUAAGUACAAAUUCAUCAGGAUGCUUUUUGCUCAGAAUCAGCCAUUACACCUUGAAGUUCACCACGAUCACUCUAAAACUGACACAAUUUUGAUCCAAAUUACAAAUUUGACUAAAGAAUUUCACUCUAUAUUGAAGUUGACAGGAUCAGAUGGUGAGCAAGUGAACCCAAUGGUUGCUAAUCAAGCAUAUAGAUAUGAGAGGCGAUGUCCUGAACCAACCAAUCAAAUCCCUCGAGAAGACCCCCUCCUGUGUAAGCACUGCAUCCCACAAUAUUCCAGUGCCUGCUCUUGUCCAUUGCUUCCAAAUUCAGCACCUGCAACAAACAAGAUAAACACAAAAAUGAUAGCACAGAUUUAAGAAAAUACAAGGAGGAUCAGCAUGUAUGUCAAUUCAGCAUUUUUCAAGCAUCUUUUGUGCUCCGGAUACCAAAUAUUUGAUGGCAUGGCACAGACGAAGACCUUUGGUCUGAUAGCUUACUUUUGUGAUU